CCAGUCGCCCAUCGGAUGCAAGCUAUGUGGACAAACAGCUGCUACCUUGACGGAGAAAUCCUCGACAAGUAGCGAACACUUGGAUAAACAGCGAGAGAAGGUUGUGAACUUUUGAAUUUAGACGACUUGAAUACUUUCAACAUGAAUUAGGGAUAAGUUUCUAGAACCUGUGGAUACAUGUGGCGAUUGUUUCCUGCUUGUGAAAAAUAUWUGGAUAACUGUAUGUUGCUAUGGUGGAUGAUGUCCCAAAAUGAACACAGAUUUACAGAAGCGACUCCAAGUUCCCCAACCAAAGAUCCGCAGUCACCUAACGAUCAAGGUACAGUCCAAACUGAUGUCAAAGCCUUGUCCCUCUACCCGGGGUCCCAAACCUCCCAUCGCCCCAAAGCCCAGAUCCUCCUUAUCUGAGACAGAGCAAGAGGAGGAGCAGUGCCCCCCUCACGGUCUGAGCAAUGGAGACCUGACCUCCUCAGAGGAGGAACCUGAGGACCCCCAGGAGGUGGCAAAGGACCACGUAACCCACCCCACAGAACACAACCAGGAGGAAGCAGAACCAGAAGAAAACCUCGAUGACAUCAGAGAUGAUGAAGGGGGGAGUGAACAGGAGGAGAAGGGGGAUGAGGUAGAGAGAGAGGGAGAGGCGUUGCCCGAUGCAGCCCCAAUGGAUAACACUAGUGCUACUGAUACUCACAUUGCAGUAGAGGAGGAAAACUCUAAAGAAACAGAUGACUUGAACCUUGAGAGUGACAAUAAUGACACAUCUGUGGACCCUGAAGAUGUUUUGAUGCAGUGUCUCUCAGAGUGUGAGAGAGGGGAUGAAGAAGCAGAGUGUGUCAAAGAGCGGAGGGAGGAGGAACAGAUUUUAUCUGAAGAGACUGAAACAGCCGAGGAGCCUACUGGAUGUCCAGAAGAAGAUGUAAAAGAACCAGACACAGAGGAUUAUGAUCAUGGGAACUUCCCCAGGCAACCUGCCACAGACACUAACAGUGGGCUUGAAGAUGAGGACAGGUCCCCUGGUGGAUAUUUGUGGUGCAAGGUACCCACUGAUGAGGCUGAGGAAGAAGCAGAGGUUCUCUCACUGGGAGCACACUGCUGUACACACGCACCCGUCUGUGAGGAGUAUCCCUACGACGUGAUUGGCCCUUCAGAUGAGCCUGUUUACACAUGUGACACUGGUGAGCCCGGUGACACAGGCGUGUGGCAGCCCGAGCGUGCAACCAAGGACCCCUCUGGGCGUUUCCGUUUCUCUGGCAGCACUGAGGAUAUGUUUGGGCCUUACUCUGUCAUUGAGGCGGUGCCUGCUGACAGGAUGCGCACCGCUGAGCCUGAUGUGAAUCACGACGAUCCAUGCUGUGGUGACAAACCACACACUCCAAGGGAGAUGGACACAGCAGGCACCUUUAACCAAGAGCCUUAUUAUGUGUCAUCGGACGACGUGGCAGAGCUAGAGGAUAUACAGAAACUCUCAGAAGAGUGUGAGGUCCAGGACAGUCCUGAGCAAUCCAGACAAGACAGAGAAACAGCUAAGGAGGGUAUGGAUGAAUACGCAGACAUCAAUGACUCCCUCUGCCCAGAGGCCCAUGAUUUUCAGUAUCUGGAGGGUGCCUCAUCAGAGGACUAUGUGGAGAUUGGGGACGAUGAUGAGACGAAUGACACCGAGAGGAAGCAGAUCAGAGGGAGGAGUAUGAGAGAGAGAACAGCCAAGCGUGAGCAGGCUUUCUCCAGCCAGCGGAACAGCUGCCAGCCCCGUCUCAGGCUGUGUAACAUCACAGUGCCAGCCGACUUGGACCGGACCCGUACCCCGGAGCUCACCAACAGGGUGGUGUUCGCCCACACCACAGAGGCCUUCGAGGAGGACAUUGAGGAGCUGGACGGCCACAUCGUGCCUUAUUACGAGGACUCCAACUCAGAKAGUGAGGAGCACAUCUAUGAGGAGGCUGGCUUUGACUCUGAUGGGGAGAACUUUAUCUCUAAGAGCAUUGUGACGCGGUCACGCUCCUACUCUGGGAAAGUUCCGGGUUAUGUCCCUGAGACGGUUCCUGAGGAGACAUCAGAGUACCAGAGUACUCAUGACUACUGUACUGUGGCCUUAGAUCAAAAUGGAGAACCUCUGGUACGUCCUGAGCAGCCUGAGAUCAACAGACUCAUCCCCUCUCUGAAGCCACGCCGCUUCCUACUAUACCCACGCUCAUACUCCGUAGAGGGUCAAGAACUGUCAUCAGGCGCUCACACAGAGGCUGACCAGUCGCUGAAGGAGGAAGACAGGAUGAAAAGGACAGAUGACACCCUCUGUCUGCCAUGUGUUGUCACUUCUUCUGGAAGCUUUUCUCAACAGAGCCACCAGUCAUCCAGCGACAUUUCCACGCCUUCUCUGGUGGACAUUCCACCUCCCUUUGAAUUGGCUUACAUCACCAAGAGACCCGUCACUAAAAGCUCCCCAUCCCUCCUGGUCAGCGUCUCUCCUGAGUCCACAGACAACAAGYCCAAGAAGAAGAAGUCCUCAUUCAAGCGCUUCCUGGCCCUGAAGUUCAAGAGGAAAAUGGACACUAAAGGCUUUGGUGAUGGUAGCAGCCGCUCCUCGCGCUCCUCCUCUGAGUCCAGCCACCACGGGCCAACAAGAAUCCUAGAGCGUAGGAGCACUGGCUCCCCUCAGCCCCAGUCCCAGUCUCGCAUGUUGAAGCCCCAGCAGCGCCCUCCAGACCUGCCCUCAACCUUCCUGCCCUACAAAGAUCACAGGAAAGGAGACCCUAAAGCCUACGGAAGCAGGGGCGUGUCCAGGGUAGAGUCCUUCGAGGAGCGCUCCCGUCGCCCCCUCAUGCCCCUCCCCCUGACCAAACCCCGCUCCAUCUCCUUCCCCAAUGCAGACACAUCAGACUAUGAGAACAUCCCAGCUAUGAGCUCUGACUAUGAGAACAUCCAGAUCCCCCCUGGAGGGAGACCCACCAGAUCCAUGACUGUCACAGAGUUCUUUGAGGACCCCAACCGCAUGGUGGCCCCCUCUAAUGACAACGAUGGCUAUGUGGAUAUGAACAGCUUCCCUGGGAUCGACAGCAAACCCCAGUCACCUGAGCAGGAGCCUGAAAGUGCCUACACUGAGCCUUUCCCAGUGAACCAUACUCCAGCAGGGCUCUCAGCUGAGGAGGACCAUGGACGUACCUCAGAGGAGGAGGAGGGAGGAGUGGAGCAUGGCUACGACAAACAGAUUGAUGGGAGAUCCAGAGCCUUCUACGUCGCCAAAGAGCUGGUGGAUUCUGAGAGACUACAUGUAAAGGCCCUCAAGCUCCUUCAAGAGGACUUCAGGGCAGCAGUGUUGGAGGCGGUGGGGAGGGAUGGGGAACCUGUGGUGGAGGAACAGAGGCUGGGGGAGAUACUGGGCACGCUCCCUGAGGUCUACAUACUCCACAGCAACAUCCUCACCGAGCUGGAUGCACGCAUUAGACAGUGGGAGGAGAGCCAGCAGGUGGUGGAUGUUAUCCUGUCUCGUCAGGAGGAGUUUGCUGUGUUCGCUACCUAUAUCUCUGAGUACGACCGCAGCAUGUCCCUACUGGCAGAGAGCUGUAAACUCAACCUUGCCUUCCAUGACAUCGUCAAGCAGUUUGAGGUGCUACUCCAUCGUCCUCACCACCGUAUCCCCCGUCACUUGCCUCUGGUGGCCUCCGCUCCGCUGUGGACCCCCYCUCCUCCGGUGCACUCUCCACCCUCGAAGCAGGGCCCAGAUGGACCUCAGGUCCCACUGCGGCAUCAGCUGCUGCAGGUCAUUGUGAGAGUCCUCCAGUACCGCAUGCUGCUCACAGAAGCAGGGCCCAGAUGGACCUCAGGUCCCACUGCGGCAUCAGCUGCUGCAGGUCAUUGUGAGAGUCUCCAGUACCGCAUGCUGCUCACAGAUUACUUAAACAACUUUCCCCUGAUUCUAAAGAAUAUGAGGAUACAACAGGAUCCCUCUAUCUGCUCCACUCCCUUUAGGAUCCCUCUAUCUGCUCCACUCCCUUUAGGAUCCCUCUAUCUGCUCCACUCCCUUCAGCUUCCGGUAGCACAUCCCUUUCCGCCGCCCUCCUUCUCAUUCACAAACAGACAAGGAGAGUUUCUCUCUUUCUCUCAUGUCUCACAGGAAAAUCCCUUGUUCUCUCACUCUCCUAUCUUUAUCUCUCUCUCUCCCUUUCUCUCUGACACACAGGAGAACUUGCUGCGGCUGGUCCACAUUGAGUACAGCGUCAGAGGGAAGAGAGAUCUACUCAAGCCAGGAAGGGUGUUUGUGAAGGAAGGCACACUAAGGAAAGUGUCGAGGAAAAGCAGACAGCCCAGACACCUGUUUCUGAUGAAUGACAUGAUGCUGUACACCUACCCUCAGCAGGAUGGUAAAUACAGGCUGAAGAACACUCUCUAUCUGUCUGGGAUGAAGGUCAGUAUACCUGUCAUAGACAACGUGCUCAAUGCCCUGAGGAUCGAGGUGUCUGACGUCACCAUCACCUUGUCAGCCAGCUCCUGUGGAGAGAGGGAGGACUGGUUCCACACACUGAGUCGGGCCAUAGCAGACCAUGCUGCAGGCCUGUGUACAUUUGGUGGCCCCUGCAGUGAGGGACGUGAGAAGCUGUGGAUGGCACUGGGGGAGGCAGCUCCAGUGCUGGUGCCCGUGUCUCAUGUGAUGAUGUGUAUGAACUGUACCUCUGACUUCAGCUUGACCCUGAGACGCCACCACUGCAACGCCUGUGGGAAGGUUGUGUGUCGUGCCUGCUCCAGGAACAGGUAUCCUCUGAAGUACCUCAAAGACAGAAUGGCCAAAGUGUGUGACCACUGCUACGCUGAGCUCAGGAAGAUAGGUGUCAGUAUCUCAGGGGCGUGUGGUAACUCCAGCCCCUGCACCCACCGGGCCAGUCGGCCCCUCUCAGCUGUGUUCCAGAGCCUACAGCCCCCAAGCCUGUGGAGAAGCAGGAAGAGCACCYCCCCUCUCAACCAGGUGGCAUUGAGGGCUGAGGGCUCGGCCAUGAGUGGCAGCCUGCAACGGCGUAAGAAGAGCAAGAGGAAGUGGAAGAGGCUGUGGUUCAUCCUCAAAGACAAGGUGCUCUACACCUUCACAGCACGUGAGGACAAGGUGGCAUGUGAGAGUCUGCCCCUGCAGGGUUUCACAGUGAAGCUGACAGAGAGGCCAGAGGGUGAGGAGAGCUUCAACGUGUUUCAGCUCUACCACAAGAAGACUCUAUACUACACCUUUAGAGCAGAUGACCAGCACACUGCCCGCAGGUGGGUCAAUGCCAUGGAGGAGGCCACAGUGUUAUAACAUCUGCCUGUCUGCACAGACUGACCCUGCUGUGCAUCACUACCUACCUACGCUCUCUGUCCUGGUUUAUAGCUGUCCCUCACAAUGCCUAAAUGGAAUAUCUAAUAUCUCUCUUGAAGGACAUUGAAUAUCAUUCUUAUAAUCCAUCCCUUUAAUGCACUGGAUCAAUUCUCACUCUGRAAGAAUACACGUCUCUGUGCAAGAGCAUCUUUGACACGGCUGCCAUCUACAGGCAGAAAGAAGAUCAUGCAGACUCUGUGUGGGGCAAACAUCCAAGUGUGAGGUUACUGCUUGGGAGUCUCUAAGGUGAAAACCUCUCAGAUGAGUAUACUGCAUGCCACAACAUGCCACAAAUUCUGCUCCUGUGUCUAAAAGCUCAUAGACAAUGUGUUUUUACAACUUUUUCCAUUGACAGCCUCCAGUGCCAUGUACAUUCACACAGACUUAUCUUUACUUUCUGACACUCUUUUUCUACCAUGGAUGUGUAUGUACAUAGAACAAGUUUGUAUGGGUUUUGUUUUUGAUAUCGUAGGAUUUUUGAUGCUGUUUAAACAAUACCAAGUUAAUAUGAACAGCUUAUGUAUUGUAUGAGAACAUAUAAGAGUCAUGUCAUAUUUGGAAUAUAUAGUGUAAUAUUCAAUUCACAUAUUUUGAAGUGAGAUAUAAUAAUUAUUUGUACAGAAAUGUUAUUACAUGAUGUUUCAAGCGAGAGCCAUUUUAAUCAUAUCUUGUCCAAUGUAUUUUCUGUACUCUAUGUAAACGUACUUAUUUUACACCAUAGGUUUACACCUGUAAUAACAAUGACAGAAUGUGAAAUGUUACAGACAGUAUUAGUAUUAUUCAACAAAAUAUCAUUUUGAAGUAUAUUUCAUAGCUGAAUGUAUAGUUUUUAAACAUUUUUUAAAGGGUGACUACAUUUUUAGGGGCCAAUAGUUUCCACUUGAAUGCAGUGCCAUGUGUUAUGGCUGAAAGAAUGUGCCUGACGUGACAUUAUUAUCCUUAUUAUCAUUCAUUCAAAUUAUAAUGAAUCAGUUUAGGGGAGUAGUGAACCGCAUGUAGUUUAACUAGUAAUUUAACUAUAUUUUGCAGUAGCUUGGUGGUAGUUUAACUAAAUUCAAAUGUAGAUYGUGUUUUCAGUAGUUCAUAACUUGUAGUAAUUUUGUAAUAUGUCAUUUUUAUUAGGAUCCCCAUUAGCUAACGCCGUAACACUAGCUAAUCUUCCUGGGUCCAACACCAAUUAACAAGACAUUACAAACAACCACAAUCAAGACUUCAAACAUUCCACAAGUAGACAAUAUGGAUAAUUAAAAUACCUGACAGGAAACACAUUUAACAUUCAGUUGAUGUUUUUUAUUUUCUGUCCAGUCAUAUGGUCUAUCACAUUAGAUGUUAUUAGAUUUUUUUCUUGUAGGUGGAUUUACUUUUUGCCUGAGAAAUAUGGAUUGGUAAAAAGUUCCAUUCAGCUAURGCUCUAUAUAAAACUGUAGAUUUAAGGCGAUUUGUCCUUGGCAUGAGUUGUUUUAGCUGCCCUGAAUUUGCCUGUCUGGUUUGGUGGUUAUGUGUGUUGCUAGUAUGCACUAAUUGGACUGAAAAAUACAGUGUUUUUUUUUUUUAAAUAUAACAUUCCUAAAGAAAAUCAGAAGACUAGAUAGUAAUUUGUUUUUAACGUGAAGCCAUGAGAGAUUCUGAUGCAUUUUAAUAAUAUUCAUUCMGUUAGAGCAAUGAAGAGCUWAUCUGSCAGCCCUGUUUUGAGCCAUUUGAAGAUUUUUUAUAUCUUUCUUUGUUGCAGAUGACCAUUUAACUGGACAGUACUCUAAGUGUGAUAGGACCAGGGAUUGACCAUUUAACUGGACAGUACUCUAACUGUGAUAGGACCAGGGAUUGACCAUUUAACUGGACAGUACUCUAAGUGUGAUAGGACCAGGGAUUGAAUCACCUGAUUCAGAGUGCUAGCUGUUACAUACUCUGAACAUUUUCUUGUAACAGCAAUUCCCUUACCCAUCUUAAUAACAAUAUGAUCUAUGUGUUCUGACCAUGAUAAAGCUGCGUCCAACAUGA